AUGAGCGAAUUUUACGGACAAACUGAUGAAAAAGAAAAUAUCAAUGUUUUGAACAAAUCAAUUGAUUUAGGAAGUUACUUUUGGGAUACUGCGGAUAUGUAUGGAACAGGUGCCAAUGAGAUACUUUUAUCAAAAGUUCUUAAAGAACGUCGUAAUGAAGUAUUUCUUUGUACAAAAUUCGGAGUCGUUCGAGGUCCAGAUAGUGAAUUUAUGGGUGUCAAAGGUGAUCGCGAAUAUGUUCGUCAAACUUGUGAAAAAUCGUUGAAAAGGCUUGGGGUAGAUUAUAUUGACCUUUAUUAUCAACAUCGUGUGGAUUCUCAAACCCCCAUUGAAGAAACCGUUGCCGCUAUGGCCGAACUUGUGAAAGAAGGCAAAGUGAAAUAUCUCGGACUCUCGGAAUGUUCCGAGGACAUACUUCGACGCGCUUGUAAAGUUCAUCCAAUAGCAGCCUUACAGAUGGAGUAUAGUCCUUGGUCGCUUGAUAUUGAAAAAAAUGGAAUUGUGGAAGCAUGUCGUGAAUUAGGUGUUACCAUAGUCGCAUAUAGCCCAAUUGGUCGCGGAUUCUUAACCGGACAAUAUAAAUCAAUUGAUGAUUUUGAACAAAAUGAUUGUAGAAGAAGGAUGCCACGUUUCUUGGGUGAUAAUUUUAACAAGAAUUUAGAAAUCGUUGAGAAAUUUCAAAAAUUAGCAAGCAAGAAAGGUGUUAGCGCAAGUCAACUUUGUCUGGCUUGGGUUUUAGCUCAAGGAGAGGAUAUUGUUGUUAUUCCUGGUACGAAGAAAAUCAAAUAUUUAGAAGAAAACGUUGGCGCAGCUAAUGUUCAACUUUCGCCCGAAGAAUUAUCUGAAAUUCGUAAGAUUAUUGAUUCUAUUGAGAUUGUUGGAAAUAGAUAUCCAGAUGAAGUUGUCAAU